UUCAUCGUAGCAGCUCGCUAUAAUUUCUGUAAAUAACUACCAUGUGACAUCUCUGCAAAUUCCAACGGAUUAUUGCAUUUUCGUGUCUCAAACGCUUUAAUCUGUUUUAUCAGAACAUUCAUUUGUGCACAUUUUCUCAAUUUUAAAAUAAAUAACGCAGUUCUUAUACAUGAAUAAGGGGUCUCGCGACUGCCUCGUGGUUCAGGUAGUUCACUGAAAACAAGGCGUAAUUCACACGACUACAUUUCCCAUGCGCCUUUGUUGCGCGUGAAUUUACGCUCUGGCAGCAUCGGACACAUAUCGCAUAAUGUAAUAUGCCGAGUCUAUCACCAGGUCUGGACUGUGCUGGAGAAGUAACGCAGUGAUGAAGGUGGCCCUCGCUCUAACUGUGAUACUGGCUGCUCUAACGGCUUAUUAUGUCUACAUCCCGUUGCCCAGUACAGUUUCAGAACCAUGGAAACUCAUGCUUCUGGAUGCAGUGUUUCGUUCCAUCGUGCAUGUGGGAAACCUGGCCAAUGCCCUGGGCCUCACCCACUACAUCCGAGUGCUCAACUACACCGUGACUCUCGACACGCUUGGCCCAGUGACCACCGGCGACCUGCGGGUCACCGACACCAACUUCGACGGGGUCGAAGUUCGGGUGUACGAGUGGAUGGGAGGGGAGGAGGGCGAGGCGAAGAGGGGCGUGGUGUACAUCCAUGGAGGGGGCUGGGCCUUGGGCAGUACCAGGAUGGGGUCCUACGAUGUUCUCUGCAGGCAAAUGUCAGUGGAAUUGAAGGCAGUCAUUGUCUCUGUUGAGUACCGCCUGGCCCCUGACGUUCGUUUUCCUGUGCAGUACAAUGACGUCCUCUUGGCCUCCAAGCAUUUCCUGCAGCCUCAGGUUCUGGCCCGGUACUCGGUGGACCCGGACCGGGUGGGGGUGUCAGGUGACAGCGCUGGGGGUAACCUGGCCGCGGCGGUGGCUCAACAGGUGGCUAUGGACAGUAGCAUUCCUGUGAAGUUCAAGGUCCAGGCGCUCAUCUACCCAGUGCUGCAGGCCCUGGACUUCAACACGCCCUCGUACCAGCAGAACCAGGAAGUGCCCAUCCUGUACCGCACCCUCAUGAUCCAGUUCUGGCUGGAGUACCUUGACGCGGACCCCAGCUUCAUCCACCCGAUGCUGGUCAACAACCACACCUCGCUGGACCUGAGCCUCGUCGGUCCGAGCCGGGCCAAGGUGGACUGGGAGGAGCUGCUUCCGGCCGAGUACAAGAAGGACUACAGGCGGGUGGCGCCAGCCCGGGGGACGCCGCGGGUCCUCGAGGAAGUCCCGGCGCUGCUGGACCCGCGGGCCGCCCCCCUGCUGGCGGAGCAGGACGUCCUAGCCCGCACGCCGCGGGCGUACGUCCUGACGUGCGAGCAUGACGUUCUGAGGGAUGACGGGGCCAUGUACGUGCACCGCCUGGAGGAGGCGGGUGUCCCCGUCGAGCACGCCCACUUCGCCGACGGUUUCCACGGCUGCAUGACCUUCGCCUUCUGGCCCACCCACUUCGCGGUGGGCGCGCGGACUCUGGAGAACUACGUCGCCUGGCUCGGUCAGAACCUGUAGCUCCUCCCCUUGUCCACCACCUGCUCUUGGCGGAGGCCACUGUGAAGAUCUGUAGUGGAAAUGUGGUUUGAAAUACGUUCAAAGAUCGGAUGCGAUUGAAUAUGCCAAUUGAACAAAAUAUGGGCAAAUACUGGAAAGCACUUCACAUUUUACAUUAUUUUAGAGUUUUUUAUUUUUAGACAUUGUUUUAUAUAGACUUUUAUUCCAGCUUUUACCAUUAAAAUGUAGAUAUACUUGAAAUUCAUAGUUUUGUAGAAUAUAAAGUAUAUAUUAGUAUGUGGAAUAAUUACUUAGAAGUAUGUGGAAGUAUAUGGAAGUAUUAUUAUCCAUAAUAUAUUCUACCAUUCCAACUUUGCGAGCCAAAAAUUGUAUGUAAAAUUAUACAUGCAAGCAUUCCAGUUCUAAAUCUGUCGGUUAGGAAGACAGAAGGAGUAUGUGGAACAUAAUGCAGUCUGUACAUAAAAUAUGAAAGGACAUUUGAAAAGUUUAUGAACACAGCAAUAAAAUGAUGAUUUAACCCAAUGUAAGAUUAAUAUUUCAUUAAUACAUGGUCACCUGAACAUCAUUUAUUGGUGAAUGUUGUGACCUGAAGCUCUGAAAAGUAAAAUCACUGUUUAAUAAAAGUCAAAAAUGGGACUGUUCCCAAUUUUUUUCAGCAUUUUUAUUGUUUUUUGGUCAUAUUUGUUAGUGUAUUUCCUUAUCUCUGAAACAGAACACACUGUCCUUUGUUAGCACAUGCUUUUGAAAGCUCAACUCCACAUAUUUUGAAACAUUUCUGGUGAUGAAAGCCAAUAAGAGUCAAUGCUGCCCUCUAGCAGAAGCAUAAAAAACUAUUUUGUAAUUCACAGUGUCUGUCAAAGCUAUGUGAUACAUUGUCCUUAGGUUUCAGUAACAAAUUUAAAUUUUAGGCUUUCCAAGGCAGAUGUAAUCACGAGUUUGCUGAUUACUAAAAUUAGGGAGAAAUUAAAUCUAAAUGAAAUAUAUAACUUGUUCAAAUCUAUGCGUGAAACUUGUCUUUGACUCCUAUAUAUUCCUGAAAUUGUGGAAUUUAUGUUUCUUAAAACAUACGGCUUUUUGGUGAAGCUGGUCUCUUUCGCUUUGGGCCCAAGCAGGACAGUAAAUAUUCUUAACUGUAAUUACAGUGAAUCAGUUUCAGAAAAGGGGAGGACAGCCCUUUGUUGUAGAACACAUGCUGUUACAACUAUUUGCAAAGGAAUGCAAGAAAGCCAAGGUUUGCUGUGUUUUACUGGUCUCCGGACACCUGUGCAAUUCUUAAAUACUCCACCGUGAGACAAAUUUUCACCUCGGGAUUUCACGAUUAACGUUCCCCCCACCUCCCGAAUAAAUUCACGGAAAGAUCGGACAAAUGUGUUUCUUAUUUGGGGCAUGUUUCAUAUUUGAAGAUGACUCAAUGUCUGUUUCUGCAUGCACAGCCUCAAAUAUUAAGGGGAAUUGAGUUGUGGUUGACAUAGAUAUGACUCUAUUUUGCACUCAUUGUUCUCUUCUAAGUUCACGGAACCUAAAAGAGGUAUUGUACUGAGGAAAGGUUUCUCACAAACAUUCCACAAAAACGCAAUUUGCUUUGCAACAUUUUAGUAAUUUUUGCGCUAGAAAACAAAUGUGGUUACUGUAAUCUCGCUAGGAUUACCAAAAGGACAUUUGUAACCUGUGCAUUGUUAGUGAUGUGCAAUUCUGUUGUAUCAGUCAUGUCUUAUGUGUCUGUGUGCAAAUACCUUUUCAGACCAUUAGUGGUUGAAAGAGUGGUUUGGUCUGGUUUUUGGUUUAUCAUUGUAUUCAGUUGUUCAGCAUUCAAUCAGAGCAUUGUAUCUGUGAGUUCUGUUUGUGAG